UUAGUUAACAUUUGUACUUCACACGAUUCACAACGAAUUCUUGUUUUAUUUCUGAACAAAACACAAAUUAUUUCGCUUUGCGUAAUUUUAUAUAAUCCGAACUAGAAAACAAAAGUAAUCGUAUACAAUUUCGACGCGCUAUUUCGUGCCAAAGUUUUACGUGCGAUUUUGCGAAUUUUAGCAUUUAAUCAAUUGAAAUAUAAAUUAUGGAUCCAAAACGUGGUGGUAAUGUGGCAGCAACACGCCAAGGAGCGUCCAAGACGAGCGUUGCCUUCUGUUUUGAUUUGCAGUCACGUCACGGGGUGGUGCCGCCUGCCAACAUGGCCCGCAAAUACGGCAGCGAGGUCAGCCUGACGCCCAGCCAGGCCAAGCAGGGUGUGGAAAAUGCGCGUAAGAGUCCGCUAGAUGCGCUGAGCCGCAUGAAUUAUCGCCAGGAUCCCUUCCAGCGCCGUUCGGGCCUGCAGGAUGUGGACGAUUCCUUUAUGGCAGCCAAUGCUUUUGCACGUCCCUCACGCUUGCGGCACUCGGGCCUGGAGGGCAACAUGUCCGUGGCCAGCAACCAGCCGGCAACAAAUGCCGCCGUUGCACCCAUACGAGUUGCCUCGGGCCAGGAGGCGCCGCAGAUGCAAAUGCAAUACCAGCCGCAAAUGCAGCAGCAGCAGCAGCAACAGCCGCCGCAGUCUGCCCAGAUGCCACAGCAAGCAGUUUCAAACCUGGCUCCGGCGCAGGUGCCUCUACAACAGCAGCCGCCGCCAGCACAACAGCAACAACAGCUGGCACCAGCCACUGUUGUGCCCACACAGCAGUCGAUGCCGCAACAGCAGCAACCGACGCAAUACGUGCAGCAGCCGGCUGCUGGUCAACCCACGCGCCAUGAGCCUUACCCCAGUGGACGCGCCCAUGUGCAACACCAACAUCAACAGCAACAGCUGCAACAGCAGCAACAGAAUCCCCUUGAGCAACAGCAGCUGGCACAGCAGGAUGCACAAGCUCAAGCUCAAGCUCAAGCACAGAUGCAGCAGCAGCAGCAAAUGCAACAGCAGCAGCAACCGCCCGCCCAGUUGUCGCCGCGCAAGUACCAGCAGUUGCAGCAGCAGCAGCAGCAGCAACAGCAGCAACAACAGCAGCAGCAGCAACAGGGCUACCCCUCGCAGGGAACGGGCGCUGGAGCUGUGCCUCCAGCCGCCGAAAUGUGCACCACAUGCCCCAAUUGCCAGACGACCAUCUAUUUGGUGCGCACGCCCGAACUGGGGCACGGCGAUGCUGGCCUGCCGCUGCAGUAGACCACAUGCUUUUUGUCAAUCCCAUACAGAAAUUCAUUCCAGAAUGCAAACAAAAAAUCAAAGAAAAAGUCUAAAAAAAUUUAAAUGAAAAUGAGAACUUUGGCGUACGAAAUUCAAGCUCAUAUUUAGAUGCGUGUGCGUGUGUGUAUGGGGAUUGCGCGCAGGCCCCAUACCCUGGAGAGAAGUGGUGCUUUGCUUGGUGAUCACAAUGCAUCCAAAUUUGAAGUAGACCCCGACGAACAGCAGCAGCCGCUGCAGCAGCUAGUUGCAGCACAAACAUAAUACAAAUUCCCCCCUCCAAAUUCUCGGUUCACCUUUCCCGACUUAAAUACUGCCCAAGUCGAAACAAACGAAAGAUGAAUAAUUUGUUUUUUUGCCAGAACAGCUCGAAACUUCCAUGCUCUGACACGAAAUUUCACUGUAAAUAAAGACUCGUAUUUUAUUUUACUGAAAA